AUGGCCAAACGAACCAAAAAAGUCGGCAUUGUUGGCAAAUAUGGCACACGUUAUGGUGCAUCACUACGUAAAAUGGUUAAGAAAAUGGAAGUAACUCAACAUUCAAAAUACACAUGUUCAUUUUGUGGUAAAGAUAACAUGAAACGUAAAUGUGUUGGUGUUUGGAAAUGUCGUUCAUGUCAAAAGACUGUAGCCGGUGGUGCUUAUGUUUAUUCAACAUCAACAGCUGCUGCUGUUCGUUCAGCUGUACGUCGUUUACGUGAAAUGCGCGAACAAUAA